AUGUUGAAGCUAGCUCGUCCAUUUGUCUCGCCUUUAUCAAGGCACAAUGUCAUUUCUUCGGGAAUAGCUCUCACUUCCAGAAGAUUUCAAUCUUCGUUUACAUUCUUAAAUAACCAGUCUCUACUCUCUAAAAAUCAAAUGAAAUCUAAAAGGAAAAAGGGAAGUAAAAAGGCAGCAUACCAUCGUCAACCCCCAGAACAGGAACAUACUGCACCUCUUAUAAAGCAAAGCAAGCCAAUCACUAAGAAAGAACCUAACGAUAUAAGAGAUUCACAUCUAAGAAAGAAAAGAAGGGAUUUUUCUUCGCUACCAAGAGUUCCAUCUACCUCACAUUUAAAGCAGAGUGACAUGAGCACAAACGUACUCUAUUCUGGAUAUAGGCCCCUGUUCAUUAAUCCCAAUGACCCGAAGCUAAAGGAGGAUACUGGAAGUACGUUAUACGAAUUUGCGAUGAAGCUAGAAGAUUUGAAUGAACCCUUAUCGCCAUGGAUUUCCUCUGCUACCGGCCUGGAAUUCUUUUCUGAGUGGGAGAACAUACCUAGUGAGCUACUGAAAAAUUUGAAACCUUUUCAUCCACCUAAGGAAAAGUUAAUGAACACAGAUGAGCUUGUUCACGUAAAUGCUAAGAGAAAUACACUAGUUGACAGUGAAAUAAGUGAGACGCUUCAGAGGAAAAUGGAUGAACUUUCAAAAAGAAGAGGCAAGGGGAGAAAAAAGUCAGUAGUGACGUUGCUCCAAAUGAAAAAAAAACUUGAAGGGUGA